GAAACGAACGAAACGAAAAACGAAAUUAAAUAAAAAAAAACAAUUUGACAGACGAUGCUGUCAUCAUCGACAAGAAUUCUUUAUAAGUGAAAACUCAAUGCGAACAUUCAAACACAAAUAAAAACAAGACAUGGCAGCUGGAAGUACAUUGCAAAAAGCCAUUGAUCUAGUAACUCGAGCCACCGAGGAGGACAAAAACAAAAAUUAUGCAGAAGCCUUGAGAUUGUACGAACAUGGCGUUGAAUAUUUUCUUCAUGCCAUCAAAUAUGAGGCUCAGGGUGAAAAGGCCAAGGAAUCAAUACGGGCUAAGUGUCUCCAGUACCUAGAUAGAGCUGAAAAGCUAAAGGAGUAUUUGAAGAAAGGAAGCAAGAAAAAGCCAGUCAAAGAGGGAGGAAGCUCGUCAAAAGACGACAAAAAGAGCGGUGAUAGUGAUUCCGAUUCCGAUGAUCCCGAGAAGAAGAAGCUCCAAAGUAAAUUGGAAGGAGCCAUUGUUAUUGAGAAACCUCAUGUGAAAUGGUCCGAUGUGGCAGGAUUGGAUCUUGCAAAAGAAGCCUUAAAAGAAGCGGUGAUUCUACCGAUUAAAUUUCCACACUUGUUUACAGGAAAACGAAUUCCAUGGAAGGGAAUCCUGUUAUUCGGCCCACCCGGUACCGGAAAGUCGUACCUGGCAAAGGCAGUCGCCACUGAGGCCAAUAAUUCAACGUUUUUCUCUGUAUCCAGUUCAGAUUUAGUAUCGAAAUGGUUGGGUGAAUCAGAGAAAUUGGUCAAGAAUCUGUUUGAGCUAGCACGACAACAUAAACCGUCCAUCAUUUUCAUUGAUGAAAUAGACUCUUUGUGUUCAUCCCGCUCGGACAACGAAAGUGAAAGUGCUCGACGUAUUAAAACGGAAUUUUUAGUGCAAAUGCAGGGCGUCGGAAAUGACAUGGAUGGCAUUUUAGUGCUUGGCGCUACAAAUAUACCCUGGGUACUGGAUUCGGCCAUUCGUCGACGCUUUGAGAAGCGUAUCUUCAUACCGUUGCCGGAGGAGCAUGCACGCUUGGUGAUGUUUAAGAUCCACUUGGGCAGUACAUCGCAUGUUCUCACCGAACAAGAUUUGAAAACAUUAGCAGGGAAAACGGAAGGAUAUUCAGGAGCUGAUAUCUCAAUUAUUGUUAGAGAUGCAUUGAUGCAACCGGUACGAAAGGUUCAAACUGCUACUCAUUUUAAGCAUGUUCGUGGUCCGUCACCACUCGACAAAUCGGUGAUUAUGGAUGACUUAGUUACACCAUGUUCACCAGGAGAUGCAGGCGCAUUUGAAAUGACUUGGAUGGAUGUUCCGGGAGAUAAGUUAUUUGAGCCGCCAGUAACAAUGAGUGACAUGCUGAAAUCUUUGGCCAGCACUAAGCCAACCGUUAACGAUGAUGAUCUAAAAAAGUUGGAAAAGUUUACCGAAGAUUUCGGUCAGGAAGGAUAGGAGAAAAAAACAUUUAUUUGAGAUGUCUACAAAAUGAAAUUCGUUUCCAACAAACAAAAAAUAAAUUCGAUAAAUUGAACUACAUCGAUGGCUUUCUUUUUUUUAUUUGCGUGCCGUUUCCAACUGUUUUGUUUUUGUAUAUAAUAUCGCUACUUUGUAAAAUUCCGUUUCAAAUUUAUAUUUUUUUUUAAUUGUAAUAAAGUCAAUGGAAUUAACUUUGAUUUAUUG